GCUGCUCUGGCAGACGAGCCUCGUCCGCCAGGCGGGUCUGCAGAGCGUGACCCAGCAGCGCCCGCACCCUGUGCCCUGCCCUGCCCAGGGGUGUGGGGCCAGCGGUGGCGGCAUCGAGCCUGCUGCUAAUGGGGCUGCUGUGUUCCUUUCAGCAAUGCUUCGUUUGUGGCGAGCGAGGGGCCACCAUCACCUGCACGGAGACGGGCUGUGAACGCAGCUUCCAUCUCCCCUGCGCCUCGGAGGGAGAAUGUGUCACCCAGUUCUUUGGGCGGUACAGGUCCUUCUGCUGGGAGCACCGCCCUCAGCAGGCAGUGCAGGCAGCUCCAGAGCAGGACACCACCUGCAUCAUCUGCAUGGACCCUGUGGGGGACAGCAAGUCCUACCACACCAUGGUGUGCCCAGCCUGCAGUCACGCCUGGUUCCACCGGGGCUGCAUCCAGGGACAAGCUGUGUGCGCAGGCAUUCUCUGCUUCCAGUGCCCCAUCUGCAGAAACAGGGGGGAGUUUUGUUCAGAAAUGUUCAUCAUGGGGAUCCGAGUCCCAUUCAGAAGACCAACCUGGGAGAACAACGACGCCUUUGCAUCGCUGCGAGAGAGGCACCAGCGCUGUGAUGUCAGCGAAUGCCUUUACCCACAAGGCAGGGAGCAGGCGGAGGGACAGGGGCCCUGGCAGCUGCUCCUGUGCCGCUCCUGCGCCGCCGAAGGCACCCACCGGCGCUGCUCCAACUUGACCAACAGCGCAGGCACCUGGGAGUGCGGCAGCUGCGCUGGCGUGGGCACCGCCUCCAGUGCCAACCUGGGGCUCGCCGGCCCCACCACCUCCAGUAAAGAGGCUCUGGGCCCUCCCGUGGCUCCCCAGCACCUGAAAGCAGCAGCCUCAGCAGCGCCAGCAGCCAGGCAGCACCGGGGCCAUCCCACAGUUCCCAGGUGACUGAGAGGAGGCGGCCAGGGACAGAACAGAGGACAAUCUGCCAGCCUGUACGCCAGGCCCAAGACACCUGUAACGAUCCUGGAAGAAGCCGCUGCAGGAGCAGCCGUGCUGCAGAACCCAGCGCUGGGAGCAGCACCCCCAGCCUGGCCAGCCAGAGGGC